GUUAGGAGUUGAAGACCAGAGAGAGGGAGAGAGAAAACAAGGAAAGAGGCUAAAAAAAAAAGAGAAAGAACACAAAUUUAAGAGGGAAACACAACAAGGAAGAGAGCGGAGAAUUAGAAAGCCAUCGAUUCCGAAUCGAUUUUUCAGGUCGAAAAUUACGGAAGAUUCGAUUUUGGGAAGUUGGCCUCAAAUCUGAACAAAGUCUCUGUUUUUUUUUUUUUUUUUUUAGAUUCGAUUUCGGAAAAAGGUGUGUUUUUUUUUUCUUUGUACCAUUUUACUUAGAAGCUUGGAUUCCAAAACCAAGUACGAUUGAGAGCAGAGGAGUUAUUACGCUCAGUUUGUGAUAGGCGAAGAGAAAAAAGAGUCGAGUUUUAGAGAGAGAAAGGGAGAGACGAUAGAAAUGGAUGAGGUAGGUCCUCAAGUAGCUGCUCCGAUUUCAAUUCACCAUCCCAUGGGGAAAAAACGAGAUCUUUAUCAUCAUCAUCAGCCACACUGGCUUGUGCCAUCUCAGCAGCCUAAAAAUGAUUGGAAUCCCAAUAUGUGGGAGUGGAAUAGCCAAAGAUUUGAAGCUAAACAAGUUGAGGAGGAGGCAGCAGAGUCUCUCCGCCUUGGUAGUAGUAACAAUAACAACAACAACAACAACAACGGUGGUUUGAGUUACGAGGGAAGAGGAGAAAGAGGCCUUGAUUUGAAUCUAGCCACUGGUUUUAACGAUUUGGAAGACACCCCGGUGGCUGUAACCAGUCCUCCUAACAAGAAGGUUAAGUCCAGAUCUCCGGGAAGGGGCGGCGGCGGCGGAGGAGGUAACUACCCUAAGUGUCAGGUUGAUAAUUGUAAGGAAGAUCUAUCAAUUGCUAAGGAUUAUCAUAGAAGACAUAAAGUCUGUGAGGUUCAUAGCAAAGCUACCAAAGCUCUUGUUGGCAAACAGAUGCAGAGGUUUUGCCAACAGUGUAGCAGGUUUCAUCUGCUAUCUGAGUUUGAUGAGGGAAAGAGAAGUUGUAGGCGUAGAUUGGCUGGUCAUAACAGGCGGAGGAGGAAAACGCAGCCCGAAGAGAUUACAUCUCGGGUUGUAGCUCCUGGGAAUCGUGAUAAUACUUCUAAUAACGCUAACAUGGAUGUCCUGGCUUUGUUAACAGCUUUAGCUUGUGCACAAGGUAGGAAUGAAGCUAAACCUAACGGGUCUCCGGGAGUGCCUCAAAGAGAGCAACUUGUUCAGAUACUUAACAAGAUCAAUGCUUUACCUUUACCUAUGGAUCUUGUCUCAAAGUUGAACAAUAUUGGAAUUUUAGCCAGAAAAAAUCCGGAUCAACCUUCCGCGAUGAACCCUCAAAAUGGUAUGGAUGGGGCUUCAUCUCCCUCUACCAUGGACUUACUUGCUGUUCUCUCGUCAACUUUAGGCUCAUCUGCACCUGAGGCUAUAGCAUUGUUAUCUCAAGGAGGGUUUGGUAACAAAGAAAGCAAUGAAAAGACUAAGUUAACUUCUUCGGAUCACGGUGCUACAACCCAAUUAGAAAAGAGAACUUUGGAGUUUCCUUCUUUUGGGGGAGGAGAGAGGACAAGUAGCAGUAACCAUUCUCCUUCUCAGGAUUCAGAUUCACGCGGUCAGGACACCAGAUCGAGCUUAUCUCUACAACUAUUCACCUCUUCACCAGAGGAUGAAAGUCGACCAACAGUUGCAUCUUCAACAAAGUAUUAUUCUUCAGCCAGCAGUAACCCUGUUGAUGAUAGAUCACCAUCAUCGUCUCCGGUCAUGCAGGAGUUAUUCCCGCUGCAGACUUCUCCUGAAAGCAGGAGGUGUAACAAUUACAGAAACACUAGUCCCAGUCCCAAGACCAGUUGUANGCCCCUAGAGCUCUUUGGCGCAUCAAUCAGAGGUCCUGCUGCAAAUCCUAAUUUUAAUGUUUCCAGGCAUCAAUCUGGUUAUGCCUCAUCUGGUUCGGAUUAUUCUCCUCCCAGCUUAAACUCUGAUGCUCAGGACCGCACAGGAAAGAUAGUUUUCAAACUACUUGGAAAAGAUCCUAGUCAGCUCCCUGGGACAUUGCGAACAGAGAUCUAUAGCUGGCUUUCUAGCAUUCCAUCAGAAAUGGAGAGUUAUAUCAGGCCUGGUUGUGUUAUCUUAUCAGUCUAUGUGGCAAUGUCAGCCUCUGCUUGGGAACAACUUGAGGAAAACUUGCUGCAACGGGUUAGUUCUUUGGUUCAAGAUUCAAAUUUUUGGAGUAACACAAGAUUUUUGAUCAAUACAGGCAGACAGCUUGCAUCAUACAAACAUGGUAGAAUUCGUCUGAGCAAAUCUUGGAGAACUUUGAAUUCACCAGAGCUGAUCACGGUGUCUCCGUUGGCUGUUGUAGCCGGUGAAGAAACAGCUUUGACAGUAAGGGGUAGAAACUUGACUACUGAGGGAAUGAGCUUUCGUUGCGCGCAUAUGGGUAACUACGCGUCAAUGGAGGUAACUGGAACAGAACAUAGAAGAACGAAAUUCGAUGAGUUAAACGUAGGUAGUUUCAAAGUUCAGAGUGCAAGCCCUGUUUCUCUAGGACGCUGUUUCAUUGAGGUGGAGAAUGGAUUCAGAGGUGACAGUUUCCCUUUGAUAAUAGCCAAUGCCAGGAUUUGCAAAGAGUUGAAUCGCCUUGAAGACGAGUUUCAUACAAAAGACGUGAUAGAAGAACAAACACACAACUUAGAUCGUCCGAGAUCAAGAGAAGAAGUUCUUUGCUUCUUAAAUGAGCUCGGUUGGCUAUUUCAGAGGAAAUGGACAUCCAAUAUUCAUGGAGAAUCCGACUUCUCUCUUCCCCGCUUUAAAUUUUUGCUCGUAUGCUCGGUUGAAAGAGAUUACUGUUCCCUCAUAAGAACUCUCCUGGAUAUGAUGGUAGAGAGAAAUUUGGGAGAAGACGGUCUGAUGAACAAGGAGUCCUUAGAUAUGCUGGCUGAGAGUCAGCUAUUGAAUCGCGCUGUCAAAAGGAGAAACACAAAAAUGGCUGAAACGCUGAUUCAUUAUUCUGUCAAUCCCUCUACUAAAAACUUCAUCUUCUUACCUAAUAUCGCUGGACCUGGCGGUAUAACACCUUUGCAUUUGGCUGCUUCCACAUCUGGUUCUGAUGAUAUGAUUGAUGUCCUAACUAAUGAUCCACAAGAGAUUGGAUUAUCUUGCUGGAAUACUCUAGUCGAUGCAACCGGGCAGACUCCAUUUAGCUAUGCUUCAAUGAGAAACAACCACAGUUACAACUCCUUGGUGGCUCGUAAACUUGCAGAUAAAAGAAACGGUCAAAUAUCUCUGAACAUCGAAAAUGGGAUCGAUCAGAUUGGUCUGAGUAAGAGACUAAGCUCAGAGCUGAAGAGAUCUUGCAACACAUGUGCAAGUGUCGCUCUAAAGUAUCAGAAAAGGGUUUCAGGUUCACAUCGUUUGUUCCCAACACCGAUCAUCCACUCGAUGCUUGCUGUUGCUACAGUCUGCGUUUGUGUCUGCGUGUUUAUGCAUGCGUUCCCUAUUGUCAGACAAGGCUCUCACUUCAGUUGGGGAGGUCUUGAUUAUGGCUCAAUCUGAGGUUUGUAUAAUUAACUGCUGUUAGAAAGAGUAAAAAAUGUGGUGAAGGAUCCUGAGAACAAGAGGCAAAGUGAGAAAACCCAAAGACAUGUGUGAAUUUGGUCAUUACAGAGAAUGAGAUCAAAUACGCACUGGACUUUUAUGAGCCAGAGAGUACAGAGAAGAAACAGGUUUUGGGAGUCAGAGCAGACACAGCUUCAACACCCGAGUUUUUUUUAAUACUUUGGCUAAUUAUGUUUUCAUUCUUGAAUCUGUUAAUGUCCUUGUACUUAAUUACAGUUUUUAGUUUCUUCUCUUUUAACAACACAGAAGCUGUAGCUAUUUACUGAAUCUUGUUUUCUUCCUUGUAUCUACUUUGGAGAUUGUUGUAAACUUGUAAUGUAAUAUCUUUUCUUAUUGCUAUGUAAAAGUAGUCAUUAGCCA